GAUGCACGCAGAGCAGAAAGCAGACUCCUCUCCUACCAGGACAGAGACCAGAGUAGGAAUGAAGGAUCUUUCACUGUUGCUUUUAAUGUGUGCAGCUGUUUCUAAUGCUCUUCCCUUCCAUGCAGAGAAAGACAACAAAGAAGAUGCAAAGCUUAUUCAGGACUAUUUGAGUAAAUUCUAUGUUGUUGAGCCAGAUCCAAAUCAACGUGGUUGGAAAGUAAAUGCUGAAUCCACAGCUGAAAUACUUCAGAAAAUGCAACAGUUUUUUGGUUUGAAAGUGACUGGAAAACCAGACACUGAGACAUUGGAAAUUAUGAAGAAACCAAGGUGUGGGGUUCCUGAUGUGGGUCUCUAUGGUGUUACUCUGCCAGGAUGGAAAAAAAACAAGCUGACAUACAGAAUUGUGAACCACACACCAGAUAUGAGCAAAGAGGACGUGGAUAAAGCAAUCCAGAAGGCAUGCGAAGUGUGGAGCACUGUCACUCCGCUGAUUUUCACUCGCAUUCAUGAGGGAAUAGCAGAUAUAAUGAUUGCUUUUGGGACCAAAGCUCAUGGACGUUGCCCUCGUUACUUUGAUGGCCCCUUUGGUGUCCUCGCUCAUGCCUUUCCACCUGGCAACGGAUUUGGUGGUGAUGUGCACUUUGAUGAGGAUGAAGACUGGACCACAGGUUCAGCUGGAUUCAACUUGUUCCUUGUUGCUGCUCAUGAGCUUGGUCAUGCCCUGGGUCUCUCCCAUUCUAAUGACCAGAGGGCCUUGAUGUACCCCAAUUAUGCCUACGUCAGCCCCAGCGAAUUUCCCCUCUCUCCAGAUGAUAUACGUGGAAUUCAGUCCAUUUAUGGAUCUCAACCAAAUACCCCAGAUAAAAGGCCAGCCACCCCUACCUCACCUAAAACCUGUGGCUCCCAGAUGUCUUUUGAUGCUGUAACUACACUCCGACAAGAAAUCAUUUUUCUAAAGGGCAGGCACUUAUGGAGAGUUUAUCCUGAUAACUCAGAAGCUGAACUUGAAUUGAUUUCUACAUUCUGGCCAACGUUGCCUUCUGGUAUUCAAGCUGUGUAUGAGAACAUGAAAGAUCAGAUCCUGUUUUUCAAAGGCAAUAAAUUCUGGAUUGUUAGUGGAGAUCAGGUAUUGCUUGGUUAUCCAAAGAAUAUCAACACACUGGGCUUCCCUAAAAGUGUCAAGAAAAUUGAUGCAGCCGUUUGUAAUAAAAACACAGGGAAGACAGAUUUUUUCAUAGGUGACAAGUACUGGAGGUUUGAUGAAAACAGUCAGCACAUGGAGAAGGGUUAUCCUAGACACACAGCUGAUGACUUUCCAGGAAUUAGCUGGAAGGUUGAUGCUGUUUUCCAACAGAAAGGAUUCUUCUACUUCUUCCAUGGAUCGAAGCAGUGGCAGUUUGACCUUACUGCUAAAAGAGUUAUUCGUGAAAUAAAGAGUAACAGCUGGUUUAACUGUUAAUAUCAAUAAACUUUCUUACAGCAAAUGAGGAUUAAAGUAAUGCUAGAUUUCUUAAAAGUUGUUCAUAUAUACGCUACUAUACAGAAU